CAUCAAUGAUGCUGCCCAGAUAUUUAAAGCUUUCAACAUCUUCCAAUGCUUCUCGGUCAAGUGUAAUUUAUUUAUUCUGUAUUCAAGUUAUAGGAAACUAUUUGUAUGGAAAUAUUGAUAGUAAAAUCAUAACUUUCUGAGUCUACUUAAUUCCACUGUAUCUUUUAGUGGUUACUAGUAAUGUAACUGAAUUUUAAAACGUUUCUUUUUAUACAGUUACAUCAUUUUACUUAUAUAUUACUGUGAAGCUGUUUUAUCUAAGUGUGCGACUGUGUUUCUAACCAUACUUUCAUCAUGAUAUGCAUCAGUUGUUCAGUUGUGUUAAUUCAUCCGUUGCUUGAUGCUAAAUAAAUCUUAUCCAUAAUAAUAAAAUUGAUUAUUGAAUUUUUUCAUGGGGUUUGAUUGUAUUAGGUCUAAUGUCUAUUGUAGAUUCUGAUCGUUUCACUAAUUUUUCAAUAUGAUAUAACUUAGCAACAAAAAGUCAAUCGUGUGUAUCUCAUUAAUGAUUAACGACGUCAUAUUAUGGAUUGAGAUUUUGGUUAAUAAUUCAGUUUAAUUUUCAAGAAAGAACUACCUACUUAAAUGAGCUACUGAAUAAAGUCCGUAAAUCAUGAAAGAAGUAGUGUGAUUAUUUAGUAUUUGUAUACUACAUUUUUUCCUAAAACUUACACUAUCAUAAGCCUAGGUUCUUAGAUUAUUUUUAAAAGAGGGUAAUCAUCAACAAGGUUUAUAGAGUAUAAUAUUUUUUGUUUAGCUUCAAAUAACUUACAAUUACAAGAAUUCAUAGGAUGAAAGUGAAAUGGUUAAAAUUACAAAGCUAUAUAGAUACUUUCAUACACAUUGAUCAUAUCAAUAGCUAACCGGGCUCUUCAGCUGAGUGAGUAAUGAGUUCACGUUUAAAGUGAUUGAGCCUGGGUUCAAGUAUUGGUGUAAACAUCAAUCCCCGGGGAUUCAAGUCGUCUGAUUGAAAAGUACUAACUAGGAUGAAAUGAAAGUCUUGGAUUUCAGUUCUACCUAGAUACUAAAUACACUGAAAGAUGAGACAGAAAUUUGAAAUGACAUAAAAUUAUGGAAGAUUAUUACAUUAGAGUACAAUAGCAUACACUAUAUUUAAAACUGAUGUAUUUUAUUUUUCAUCCUGGAAAAUCUAACUAUCCAAAGUAAGGCAGAUAAGGUGGAUAGUGAUCAUUAUUAUAAAAAAAACAAGUAAUAAUUACAUCACUUCAUUACAUAAUAAGAAAAGAAUGAAUCCUAUAAAAUGAAAGAAAUAAAAGAUAUGACCGUGCAUGUACCAUAUAGUGCUUGGAGUGAACAGUGUCGAGCACUACUUGAAGUUUAUUCAAAACUAGAUGCUCUUUGCGUUUGCGAUCAUGGAAGUCGUGUGCUAGGAAGCGCAUUUAAAAUUCCAGAAUUUGCGAGUAUUACUAAUUUAAGUACAAAUCAAGUUCGUGCUAUACGUUUGGUUAUGGCAAAAAUUGGUACACAAAAACCAAAUAUUGAUUUUUUAAAUGAUCGUUUUGUGGUUGUUGAUGCAAAUAAUGAAAUGUUAUCAGCUAAAUCUGGUAAAAAAAGUUUAUUUGUUGAAUUAACUAAAACAUUAUGUGUAUUUGGUUUGUCAAUGGAUACAGAGACUGAAAAUAAACAUGCAACUGCGCUUGAAGCAAUGAGAGAUAUACAAAAGUAUUAUGAAGAUGCAGAAUUUUAG